GUGGGACCGGCGCGCGCUGAUGGGCGGCUGCAGCAGGAGGCAGCCUUGCACUUGCCGCUCUCGUGCUUGCGCGACGAAGCCGUGAGUGGCCGGAGAAAAGGAUGCAGGCGCCCGAGCCUAUGCCGAGCUACGAGCAGUUGGUGCGGCGUAGUUACCGGAGCUUAGUCGGGGCGCUGCGGAGCUGCACAGAUUGUGGCUGGGAACUGUCCCGCCGGACGUGGGCCGAGAACGCCCGGCUGGCCUGGACGGAGGCGCUGCUUUUUCUCCUUUGCGCCGCCGGUUGGACUCUAGCGCGCCGCGCAGCUUCUCGCUACCUCUUUCGGCCUGUCGCCGAGUGGUGUCAAUUACCUCCCAAGGAUGCUGCUAAGAUGCCUGAAAGUGCUUGGAAACUGUCUUUCUACAUCAUCUCCUGGUUGUACGGCACUUACUUGCUCUUCUUUGCUGGAUACCCCUUUUUCCAUGAUCCACCUUCUGUCUUUUAUGAUUGGGAAAGGGGAAUGGAGGUGCCACUGGAUAUCGUCCUCGCCUACCUACUACAGGGCAGUUUUUAUGCCCAUUCUAUCUAUGCCACCCUCUACAUGGAUGCCUGGCGCAAGGAUUCGGUCGUCAUGCUCAUUCAUCACGUGGUCACCCUCACUCUCAUCGUCUUCUCCUAUGUUUUCAGAUACCACAACAUAGGGAUUCUUGUGCUCUUCCUUCAUGACUUCAGUGACAUCCAGUUGGAGUUUACCAAACUCAAUGUUUACUUCAAGUACCGGGGUGGCAUUUACCACCGUUUAAACGACACCAUUUCUAAUGCCGGCUGCGUCUCCUUCAGCAUUAGUUGGUUCUGGUUCCGUUUGUACUGGUUCCCCUUGAAGGUGCUUUACACGACCUGCCACACCAGCCUCCAGUCUGUCCCCAAUAUCCCAUUUUAUUUCUUCUUCAACGUGCUGCUGUUUAUCCUCACGCUGAUGAACAUCUAUUGGUUCCUGUACAUCGUUGUUUUUGUGGCCAAGAUUUUGCUGGGACACGUGCAGGAAGUGAAGGAUGUACGGGAAUAUGAUAUUGAUGCUGCUUCUAAGAAGACAGACAAGGAGCUUCAUCUCCACAACUCUUGGAAGGAAGGAAAUCACCUGAAGAAUGGCAUCGUGAAGGACAAACGGUUAUAGAGGCGCUCGCAGGACCACGCUUGCACAGAGCCAAAUUCUGGAGAAACCCGCAAGGAACCCUUCAUUCAAACUCCAGCCUGUUCAGGGGUGAACUGAAGAAAAUAAGAACUGCCACCCUAUCCCGCCCAGGGUUGAGAACUAAGUUCUAAUCGGGGAGCGAUUUAUAAAUUUUCUUUUUCUUAAAAAAAACAACAACAACCCUGGAGUUGGAUUUCAAGCUGGAUUUCCAUUAGCAGCGAUGGAAACUAGAAGUAGGAAGGAGGCCCAUGACGCUUCGUUUAGCCCAGUCAGGUUGGAGCAGGGCAUUCACACACACACACAAACAUACAAACACACACACACAAAAGCUGCUUCCAUCCUCUGGUGCAUCAGUGGCGCCUAGUAGGAAAAGUUUCCCACCAGGGCGGAGAGAUGAGGAACUUGUCAAGUUUUCUGUGGCUUCUGCGCAGCAGGGCCUUCUCAGUGAUGGCCCCAAGAAGGCGAAACUUUUCCCCUUGGUUCAGGACUCCUGAUUGGUUGAAGAGAAAAUAAGAAGGUGGGGGGGAGCGGAAAUCCCUUCAGGAUCUCCAGCUGGCAAAACCAAUGGUAGAAGAAGCACAUGUGCGAAUCGAUGAAUUUUCAGCCUUGCAAGUUGGGGUUGGAAAGGAGUAUCCCACAAUGCCUUGCGGCACUUUUUACCCCCUCCCCUUCCCUUUUCUAAAUCAUGUUUGUUUCCCCCCACCCCCCCUGCCCUUUGUUCCGGUUGGGAGAGGAAAAAAAGGGCGGCGGUAGUGUUUUGUCUUA